ACUGCUCAAAAAGAUGUCUUUUUUUCACACUUCAUUUACAAGUCGACUUGGGGUUUGUCCACUGGGGUUUGUCACUUCCUAUUUAAGUGCUCUUCAGACAUUCUUUUUCACACAACCUAAAACUGCAGAGCUGUCAUCCACUGACCCUUAAACACACAAAAGACAUCAUCCACGCUGAACGCUGAGGGCCAUUUCAAGACUCCAAGAUGUCCGGUAACCCCGUUAACCCGGCUCUCUACUGCCCCCGCAUCCAAGGCAUGGUUAACAUCACCAUCAGGCCCAACACCACCAGCAUCACGUCUCUGGGAGUCUUCACCAUCUUUCUCCAUGGCCUGUUCUCCACCAUCGGCAUCGUGGAAAACCUCCUGAUCCUCAUUGUGGUGGGCUUCCGCGUACGCCGCUCCAUCAUCAGCAUCUGGAUACUGAACCUCGCCACCUCGGACCUGCUCGCCACCGCCUCCCUGCCUGUCUUCACCCUCUUCCUCGGCGGUAAAACUUGGGAGCUUGGCCACGGCUUUUGCCGUCUUCACUCCUCCAUCUUCUUUCUCAACAUGUUCGUUAGCGGCUUCCUGCUCGCCGCUAUCUCCCUGGAUCGCUGCCUGGUCGUGCUAAAACCGGUCUGGGCCCAAAACUACCGCACAAAGCAGCUAGUGAUGAAAAUUUGUGGCGCAUUAUGGUUCAUGGCGUUCCUGUGCACUAUUCCCUUUUAUAUUUUCCGUGAUGCUAUCCCACAACGCAACGGGAACACGCAAUGCUACUACCACUACGCCCGCUCGCUUCCGAGUCCACCUUUCAACAUGGUAGAGCUGUGUGAAUACCGCGAAAAGACUUUUGCGGUUUUUAAGCUCAUGUUUGCAUUUGUGAUUCCGUUGGCUGUCAUCAUCACCAGCUACGUCAUCGUGAACACUAUCUUAGCGCGUAGAGGUUGCCGGCGUUCUUACCGUUUUGUCCGGUUAGUCAUCGCGGUGGUGGUCAGCUUCAUCAUCUGCUGGGCUCCUUACCACGUGCUGAGCAUCAUGGAGGUCUCUUUGUCACUCUGGCAUCCUUCGCAAAUACCCAUAGCCAAAGCGAUGCCGGCUGCCGCUACGAUUGGAUUUCUCAACAGCGUCCUGAACCCGAUUUUGUACGUGUUUAGCUGUCCCGACCUGUGCACGAAGAUAAGGCAUUCUCUGAGUGCCGUCAUGGAGACCGUCUUGGCGGAAGAUCUGGCAGAGUUCACGAGGCGUAGGAGCACCAUGAGGAGUUCCGUCAGCAACCACGAGGUCCCGCUCCAAAAGAAGAACUCGACUUCGGCGAUGUGCACCAAAUCUGAGACGGACACGAGUGAUGCAGUUACUUCCAAAGAUGAUGAAGCCAAAGACAGUGAAGGCAACAAGGAUGAGCUCUUGUGAAAAUGUUCAGGCUUUGUUAUCUUGUGUUAGAGCCCACGGCUUGGCUCCGCCUCGCCCGGCGCUCCCCAUUUGUUUUACCGCUUGUGCCUUCCGUAUUUGCAUGUGCUGUGUGGUCCCUGGUACAUGAGUGGUGGAGUGUGGUCCCGUCGCUUUUGGGCUGGCUCUGAUGUUUGUCAUGCCGUGGUUGGAGGAUGGACGUCCCGCUCCUCCAGUGCCCUUCUUGAUCCACCAACCUCUCAUCCAGUAAAAGUGCUGUGGGCCUGUCCCUUCUGGCGGCUGGAUUUCAGUUUCAGUUUGCCCACGACUUUGUCCCAGUUUUUAAUUUUGGCCUCUGAAUUUGAGUUUGACACCCCUGGUCUAGUGUGUUGUGUGUUGUGUGUUGAGACCUACUGUUUGUUUGUAUUUGCCAGUUUGACAUGGCCUUUGCGCAUUUGUAUUUUCUUUGAUUUAUCUUAUCCCAUGACUUAUUGUUUAGUUGUAUUGGAAAUUUAUCGUUUAUUGAAUGUAAAACACACUUUUUUUUAUUAUUGUACUUACUUACAUUUACUUUAUAAAAGCCACUUACUUUACAUUGCAUCUUGUUUGUGUUACUUUCCUUUGUCUCUAGCACUGGUUUGUGACACCGUUAAAGGGCUCACAUUAGGCUCUUUUCUGAUCUAUGCUGUAAUAUUGUUUUUUCAUCACAAACCCAACUGGAGUUCUGUUUUAAUUCACACAUAUAUAUCCCCUUAACGCCCACUGUCACAAAUAUGCUACAAACCAUUUGGAUCAAGAUAUAAGCCGAGACAGUGGCUGCGUUCCCCCA